UGCUAGAGGAGAGAGACAGUUAUCGUUAUUUAGAAGUGUUCGUUGGUCAAACGAUGGCACUUCUACUCACCAGUCUGCUGCUCCUCUGUGCAGGUUCAUCUUGGAGUGUUUCUUCAGAUGCACUUGUUGUUACUCAGAGUCCUGAUGUUUCCGUUCAAGAAGGAGAGACAGGAAGCAUCACCUGCUGCUGGAAAGGGGCAGAACGAGUUGGCAUUAAAUGGCUGAAAAAUCAAACAUUAAUAGAGAAUAAGACUGUCAUAAAUCAGUCUACAGGCUCUAAGAAUGAGCAGAAAAAUAUGUGUUCAGUUCUGAUAAUAGAAAACAUGACAACAGGUGAUUCAGGAAGAUACAUCUGCAAGGUUUCUAUGGAGAUACCAGUUUUAAAAGAAGUUGAAGGAAAAGGAACGACCAUCACAGUUAUAGCCAGAGAGAACAUCACUAAAAGCACACUUGAAGUACCAUUAGACCGUUCCAAACCUAACAACAUCAUCUUCAUCCUGAGAGGCCUGCCCAUCCCCCUCCUCAUUGCAGCCCUCAUCUGUGUUGAGUGUUUAGUUCAUAAAGCUCAGAAGAAUCAACCACCAGCUGCUCCUGGAAAUAAAUCCACUUCAGCCCAGAGCAGAGAGGAAGAACGAGGAGACGACGGAGGAACGGAGAGAGAAGAAGAAGAAAAUGAAGAGACGAGAUGAGGAUGAUCACUUCGUCUAGAGGAGAUGCAAUUACAUUACAUACCGUAACAAGUGUUUUUGUUACAGUAUUGUAUUUUUGUGGAUUAUUCAUCCAAUAUUUUUAGUGUUCCAACUUCAGAAACGUGAAGAAUAAGAAAAUGUAAGGAAUUCCUUAGUAGUAACAGAUGAAGUGGGUUUUAGGACACGGAGUGGUUCUGAAGGCAGAACGACGUUCAGACUGAGUUUCCAGAUGUAACUUGGCUUGGUGUUCAUUCAGGAUAUAAUCCUGGUAACAAGUCAGAGAAAAAUUAAAUUAGGUUAGAUUGGGCGUGCCGUGGUGGCGUAGCGGUUAGCGCAACCCGUAUUUGGAGGCCUUGAGUC